AUGUCUGCCUGUGAUAUCAUUCUUAACUCCGUCGAUGGCGUUACUGUUACUUUGCCUGCUGCCAUUGCGUGGAAGGAGAUUGGACUGCUGCGGAGUCUCGCAGAACUCGAUGAAGGCAACCAAGCAGAAAUGCCACCCAUCCAUUUAGAUUUCCCCGCAUAUGUUGUGAAGGGUAUUGCGACAUAUUUACUAAAUCCCGACAGAAGAAGCGAAGAAAUACCCAAACCACUGACGAUCCCAUUGAAGAGUUGCGUUAAGAAGUGGGAAAUGGAAUUUAUAAAGGAAAUGGAAAGUUAUGGUUUUUUAAUGCCACUUCUUGAAUGUUCCUGUUACCUUCGUGUUCAAGCAUUGCAGAGUCUUCUUUCCGCUUAUCUAGCGCAAUGCAUUCAGGAAGUGGCGAUGUCAGCACCUUCUAUUAUGGAAGGAGCCGAACAUGUGCGGCAACUUCUUCGUAUUGAGAAUGAGUGGACACGGGAUGAAAUGGUGCAUCUUGAGAAGGAAAUGCGGUAUGCAAAAGAAAUUGACCCUAAUGUGUACUAG